CAAACAGCUCCUUAUCUAUAUUGAUUCGUUUAUUUACCCUCUGGUCAUUUCCUCUGACACACGAGGUCUGGGGUUAGGGUUAGGGUUAGUGUAUUCGGAUAAACAUUAGCUUCGAGGUCAAUGAAGGAACUGAGAUUUGCGCUAUGAUUGGAAUCUCUGUAAUUGUUUGAAGGAAUUUCAGUUUGUAUACAGAAGCAUAUGCUUCUUUAUGCAUGUCGGUUCUGAGGCAAAGAAAGGGUGAUGAAGUUAAGAAUAAUUCGAGUUUAGAGAAGAAGUGUGAAGAAUGGGAAGAGGAGAAGAAGAAAUCUCAGAGUUGGAGUGCUGAUUCAACCAGGAGGAGGAAAUGGAACUGUUUUGACAGUUGCUGUUGGUUCGUCGGAUGCAUAUGUUCGACUUGGUGGCUGCUAUUGUUCCUGUAUAAUGCAUUGCCUGCCUCGAUUCCGCAGUAUGUGACUGAGGCGAUUACAGGCCCGUUGCCUGACCCGCCCGGGGUCAAAUUGGCUAAAGAAGGGUUGAGGGCGAAGCAUCCGGUGGUGUUUGUGCCCGGGAUUGUCACUGGUGGGCUGGAGUUAUGGGAAGGGCACCCGUGCGCCGAGGGGCUGUUCAGGAAGAGGCUCUGGGGUGGUACUUUUGGCGAAUUAUACAAAAGGCCAUUGUGCUGGGUGGAGCAUAUGUCGCUAAACAAUGAGAGUGGACUGGAUCCUCCUGGUAUAAGGAUCAGGCCUGUCUCUGGACUAGUUGUAGCAGACUACUUCGCACCUGGUUAUUUUGUAUGGGCUGUUCUGAUAGCAAACCUGGCUCGCAUUGGGUAUGAGGAGAAGAACAUGUAUAUGGCUUCCUAUGAUUGGAGAAUCUCAUUUCAGAACACUGAGAUGAGAGAUCAAACUUCGAGCAGGAUGAAAAGCAAUAUAGAGAACCUGGUAGACAUUAGCGGUGGCAAAAAGGUGGUCGUAGUUCCACACUCAAUGGGCGUUCUAUAUUUCUUGCAUUUUAUGAAAUGGGUUGAGGCACCAGCACCUAUGGGCGGUGGUGGUGGAUCAGAUUGGUGUGCAAAACACAUAAAGGCUGUAAUGAACAUAGGUGGACCAUUUUUGGGUGUUCCAAAAGCAAUCACAGGAUUAUUUUCUGCUGAAGCCAAGGAUAUUGCUGCUGCUAGAGCUAUGGCACCAAGUUUUUUGGAUAAUGACAUGUUUGGCUUUCAAACUCUACAGCAUGUGAUGCGAAUGACUCGUACAUGGGAUUCGACAAUGUCUAUAAUACCAAAGGGUGGUGAUACUAUCUGGGGUGACCUUGAUUGGUCCCCAGAAGAAGGAUAUGAAUGUAAUUUAAAAAAGCUGAAGAACAAUAACACUCGCCAAGCAACUGUCUUUGUUUCAGGAAGUUUACAGAAACCAUCUCGCAUCCAUUAUGGAAGAAUAAUAUCAUUUGGGAAGGAUGUAGCUGAAGCACAUUCCUCAAAGAUUGAGAGAGUCGACUUUAGGGGUGCUGUCAUGGGUAACAUCCAUGCUAACACUACUUGCAGUGGUGACGUAUGGACAGAGUACCAUGAUAUGCGUGGUGAUGGUAUCAAAGCUGUUGGAGACUAAAGUGUACACAAUUGAGUCUGCUUUGGAUCUUCUUCAUUAUGUUGCACCAAAGAUGAUGAAGCGUGGCUGUGCUCAUUUCUCACAUGGAAUUGCUGAGAAUCUGGAUGAUAAAAAAUAUGAGCAUUACAAAUAUUGGUCUAACCCUUUAGAAACAAAGUGAGACAUUGUCAAAUUACAAACAUAUCUUUUACUCUGACAUCCCAAAAAAGAGUCGCUUCAAAAAAAUUCUUGUCCUAGAGAGAAAGUGUGUAAAUUUUCUUGUCCUGGAAAAUAUGACUCUUUUCUGGACGGAGUCCUACAUUUUCUCUCUUGAUUCAAUGGGAGUGCUGGCUCCAGUCCUUUUGUCAAUAGUAAGGCAGGCCUAACCCCUCCCAAAAGAACUCUUAGAAGACUGCUCAAUGCCCCUGCCAUGGAAAUAUACUCAAUGUAUGGGGUGGGGAUUCCAACGGAAAGAGCAUAUGUAUACAAACAGAGUCCUAUAUCUGAAUGCAGCAUACCUUUCCAAAUUGACACGUCAGCAGACGGUGGAAGCGAAAGCCCUUGCUUGAAAGGUGGUAUUUACCAUGUUGAUGGCGACGAGACGGUUCCUCUCUUGAGCGCAGGCUAUAUGUGCGCAAUGGGUUGGCGGGGAAUCACCCGUUUCAAUCCUUCUGGAAUUCGUACUUACAUUAGAGAGUACAACCAUAACCCUCCAGCCAACUUCUUGGAGGGUAGGGGGACCCAGAGUGGGGCUCAUGUUGAUAUAAUGGGGAAUUUCGCACUGAUUGAAGAUGUUGUGAGAGUUGCGGCGGGAGCUACCGGAGAUGAGCUGGGAGGAGAUCAAGUGCAUUCUCAUAUCUUCAAAUGGUCUGAAAGGAUAAAAUUGGAACUCUGAAAAUGAGUGCGUCAUGUAUAUGGUAAGCUACAAACAGCCAAACUUCUCUUUAUCAUUCCCAUGACCAUGUCAGUCUUGAGUAGUGGCUAUUUUAUCAUUUUGGUAAGGGCAAGAUUUUGUUGGGUAGGGUGAGGUUGUGGCUGUAAUGACUGAAUCAUCUUAAAAACACUGGCAUGUAUUAAAUUGAUAGUUUAAAU